AUGGCAUAUGUAUUCGAUGGUAGAAAAGUCGCUCCGGAGGAUAGUGGGGAUAAGGAUACCUUAAAGGGAAGGAUGUCACAGAUUAAAAUAAAUAAAGAUAUGACAUCCGAAAGAAAUAUGAUGGAUUUCUUUCUGGAGAAUGAAGAAGAUUUGGAGGAUAGCACCCCAACCCCCCAAAGGCAGCAGCAGUGCUGCAAUGCUCCAAACAUAGUGCAGAUGGAUGAGCAUACCGAGCAGUGUCAAAAAUGCGGUUCACAAUCCGCCAAGUUGCGAUUUGAGCAUCAUCAACCAGGGGAGCAGAAGACCACUUGCAAUGUUCCGCUCAAGAGGAAGAAGGGUCAGUUCUGCAAGAGCAAGCCCGGGAAGGAUGGUCUCUGCUGGAGACAUAGCAAGCAACCACGCCAGCAGGAGGAGGAGACCAUCCCAGUCGAGGGUAAGAUGGUGGUAAAAGAGACCAUGAAGACCCUCCGUCAAAUAGCUAAGGAUGAGGGUCUGAGGGGGGUCAGUAGGAAGAACAAGGAGGCCUUGGUGAAGCUCAUUGAGGAGAAAACCAUCCAUAAAUUUGCCCGCCAGGAAGUCUUCAGCAAGAAGCAGCUCAAAUCGCUAGCAAAGAAUCGUGGCCUUACCAAGUACUCUCAUCUCAAGAGAGACGAUCUGAUCCAGCUGGUGGAAGAGGACAUCAAAAACGCUCCAGUCGAGGAUGAGAUCAAGGUCAUCGAUAGGCGGGAAGCUCUGAAUGGCGUAUUUGGCACGGUCGUCAUCGAACCCGCGAAGCCGCACGAUGUGACCACUUUUCUGAAGGUAAGUCGGAGCACUAUCGCCAGCACAAUUUUAGAUGCACUCACCAAAAAGAAGGCCCUAAAAGUGCAAUUAGUAUUACAGGUGGAGAUGGUAAAAACAAACCCAGCGACCGGAGAAAAUAUCUACGUCAUUCCCCACUUUAGAUCAACCCUUACCACCAUCACGGAAUCUGACGACCUCGAAUUGGAGAUUGCCUUCAUGAUGGAGAAGGUCAAGGAAAAUAUGGCAAAGUACAUGCGGGAAGGGAGCGGGUGGACUUUCAGCAGCGUCGAGAAGCUAGAAAUCCACCUCAACCAAUUCAAGCCUCUCAAGGGGGCUUCCUUCAUACCGACUCCAUCAGCACUCGCGAAAAAGAAGGCGAUCGUUAAUGUGAAAAAUGAGGAUGAUCGCUGCUUUCAGUGGGCAGUGCUGGCAGCCCUUUACCAUGAGGAAGUCGACCAGAAAUCCACCAACCGCGUAUCGCAGUACAAGAAAUGGGAAGAAGAGCUAAAAUUCGAAGGCAUCGACUUCCCAGUCUCGCUCAGGGCGAUCGAUAAAUUUGAGAGGCAGAAUUCCGCAAUCAACGUCAACGUUUAUGGAUUCGAUGGCGUAAAGAAGGGUGAAGAUGAGGAAGAAGAUCUUCAGAUCUACCCCCUCAGGAUAUCCAAGAAUACGGGCCCCACCCACGUAGAUCUCCUCUUCUUGACUCGCGAAGGUAAGCAGCAUUACUGCUGGAUCAAGAGCCUCUCACGACUCUUGAGCUCUCAAAUCUCUGAGCGCGGUCAUGAGCUUUUCUUCUGUCGCAGAUGCCUUUCCCACUUCUCCAGGCAGGAUAUCUUGGACGAGCAUAUGGAAUAUUGCAGCAAGAAAGAUGCAGUCAGGAUCGAGAUGCCGGAAGAGGGGACCACCAUAGCCUUCCAUAGUAUCAAAAAGAUGAUGAGAGUCCCCUUCGCGAUCUACGCGGAUUUCGAGUGCUUCACAGAGAAGCUCGACACCUGCCAGCCGGAUCCAUCCCACUCCUACACGAAUGCCUACCAGCUUCAGCGACCCUCAGGCUUCUGCUAUCACGUGAAAUAUGCUCACGGAGACUACAAGGAUCCGGUCGUCUACUGCGGGGAGGAUGCGGCAAAGAAAUUCGUGCAGUGCGUGGAGGAAGAAGUGCAGGCCAUUGCCAAGCUAUACAAGGAGAAUAAGCCCAUGGAGCUGACUGACGACGAUAAGGUGAGCUUCGCAGAAAGCACGCACUGCCACAUUUGCGGAGACGAAUUGGGAGAGGAUAAGGUCCGGGACCACGACCAUCUCACCGGGAAAUAUCGCGGCGCAGCGCACAACCAGUGCAAUUUGGAUUUCCAGCUUCCGAAGCACGUCCCCAUCCUUUUCCAUAAUUUGAGCGGGUACGACGCCCACAUCUUCGUCAAGGAGCUUGGCCACACCGAGGGUAAGAUCAACUGCAUCCCCAAUACCGACGAGAAGUACAUCAGCUUCUCCAAGCAGGUGGGUGAUCUGGAGAUGAGGUUCAUCGACUCGUGCAGGUUUAUGCUCAACAGCCUGGAUACCCUAGCUAAGAAUCUCACCCCCGUCCAAUUCGCGACCGUGAAGACGAGAUUCGGCGAUCGCCACGAGCUGAUGAUUCGGAAGGGGGUAUUUCCCUACGAUUAUAUGGAUGGACCAGCCAAGCUGGAAGAGACUCAGCUCCCACCUAAAGAAGCCUUCUUCAGCACGCUCUCCGGAGAGCAUAUCAGUGAUAAGGAUUACGCACACGCGCAGAGAGUCUGGGAGACCUUCGAGUGCAAGACCCUACGCGAUUAUCACGACCUCUAUCUCGAAACUGACGUGCUACUGCUGACCGACAUCUUCGAGAAUUUCAGGGAUAUCUGCAUGGCCAACUAUGGACUCGAUCCCGCCCAUUAUUUCACAUCCCCCGGAUUGUCCUACGAUGCCGCCCUCAAAACCACUGGGCAAAGAUUGGAGCUUCUUUCCGAUCCAGAUAUGCUGAUGAUGUUUGAGCAGGCGACCAGGGGAGGGGUGGCUAUGAUCUCUCAUCGUCAAGGUAAGGCCAACAACCCCUACAUGGAGAGCUACGAUAGCUCCCAGCCCAUCAAGUAUCUCACCUACCUCGAUGCCAAUAAUCUUUACGGGUGGGCGAUGGCGCAGCCUCUUCCCACGGGGGACUUUGAGUGGGUGGAGCCGGAGGAGAUCGACGAGAUCCUGAGCUAUCCCGACGAUCACGAAUAUGGCGCCAUGGUAGAGUGCGAUCUCGAAUAUCCCGAAGAGCUUCACGACGCCCACAAUGACUACCCUCUCGCGCCUGAGAACGUGGAGAUCGGUAAAGUGCGCAAGCUAGUGCCUCACCUGGGUAAGCGUGAAAAAUAUACGCUCCACUAUCGAAAUCUCAAGAUGUAUUUGGAGAUGGGUAUGAAGCUUACCAAAUGCCGUCGGAUCAUCAGGUUCAAGCAAUCCCCAUGGCUCAAGCACUACAUAGAUCUGAAUACUGCUUUUCGCGCCAAAGCCAAGACCGACUCCGAAAAAGACUUCUUCAAGCUGAUGGUCAACUCCGUCUUUGGCAAAACCAUGGAGAAUAUUCGGAAGCGCGUCGACGUCAGGCUGGUCACCACCGAGAAGCAGGCCCUGAAGCUCGUGGCCAAGCCCAACUUCGAUCGCCGCGUCGUCUUCACCGAGAAUCUAGCAGCCGUCCACAUGAAGAAGACCAAGCUGAAGUUUGAUAAGCCGAUCUACCUUGGAGCCUGCAUCUUAGAUAUCUCGAAGCUCCUGAUGUACGACUUCCACUACGGAUUCGUGAGGAAGACCUACGGCAGUAAGGCCCGGCUGCUCUUCACCGACACCGACAGCUUGGCCUAUGAGAUCCAGACCGACGAUUUCUACCAGGAUAUCACCCCGCACGUUGAGGCUAAAUUCGACACUUCCAACUAUCCUCCUGAGCAUCCCUCUGGCAUCCCCACCGGCAAGAAUAAGAAGGUCCUCGGGAUGUUCAAGGACGAGUGCGGCGGUAAGACCAUGACCGAUUUCGUGGGGCUCCGGGCGAAGCUAUACGCCUUCAGGAUGGAUGACGGUAAGGCCAUCAAGAAGGCGAAGGGAGUCACGAAGAGCGUCAUCAAGCGCAGCAUCGCCUUCGAGGACUACAAGCGAUGCCUGGACACCCAGCAAGAGAUCCAUCGACCGAUGAAUAUCCUCCGGAGCCAUCUCCAUCAGAUCUACGCGCAGGAGAUCAACAAAAUCGCUCUCUCCGCCAAAGAUGAUAAGCGUCACAUCCUCCCCGACGGCAUCAGCACCCUCUCGCACGGCCACUAUCGAAUCACUCACGGGUGA